CAGUUGAGCCUUUAGUACUGGUGUUUGAUGGAUCUGAACCAUAUGUGUGAAGCCUUUCCCUAAUUUAUUUAAUACUAUAGUUUUUAUAGGGAUAUGGAAUAUUGGACAUUGUUAUAGCAUCUAUUUCAAUUGAUUGGUCAAUGAUCAUACAGUACCAGUUAGAUACAACUCAAAAAUGACUUGUCCAUCAUACAGAACCUACCUAUACGGACUGUAGUUAUGGCAACAUACUACAACCAAUCCAAUCGCGCCAUACAUCAGACAGUAAUCUUCUUAACUCAUGGUCGCUGUCCUUAAAGCACCAUUAAAUGCGGAUUGAAGGCAUGGAAACUUUGAACGUUAACCCAGACUCAUGUGGUUUUACCAUCGCCUAAGUUUUACUUUUCAAAAUUGUACUUUGUAUGGAAUGAUAACGUUUUGAAACAAUAUAUAUCGUUUAAUUCGAGAUUGACUAUGGUAUUCCGAGUAGAUUACCGCUUUCUCGGCGUGUUUUACGCACUGGAUUUGAAAGGCAUAAUAAUCGGUUAGGCGCCACCCGUUAUUUCACUAAAGAUUAACGACCAAAAUACUGCCCUGGUAUGUUAUCUCUGUUGAGAUUGUUGUGUUUUUACGCACUGGGACUGGGCUAUGAGAAGUUUGUGCGUGGACAGGAUGACAAUCCGGAUACGGGAGCCCGGUUCCUAUGCCGAGCCAUGACCAUUGGCGCUGACACUUGUUUGGUCCCUGUAGUUCGCGAACCAAACACGGCGGCUCAGGAGGAAGUGUUGAGGAACACAGUCAUGCAGCUCCGUGAAACGGUUCUCCAACAGAAAGAGACGAUAGUCAACCAAUUUGGGACCAUAAACGAGCUGACCACCAAGCUCUCCCUCUGCGAGUCAGCCUCCGAGGAAGGGAAGUAUGAAAGUGGUGGAUCUUGGAGUAAAAACAAAAAUAAUCAGAACACAAUGGGAGAUUUACCCAGAGAUCCCAAUGAUACAAUCGACAACCUCGGUAAGACCAUGCAGAGUCUGAAGGACCGACUGGAGAACCUAGAGCAGCAGCAGCAGAGAGCAAACAUGUCGGGAGCGUGGUUCCCCAGCGAGCUGCGAGACCUGCUGCAGCACAGGCUGGGAGACCUGGAAAAACAGCUGCUCAGUAAGGUCAACAACCUGGAGGAAGAGAAGUCUCUGCUCUACAACGAGACCACAGCCCACAGGCAGAAGACAGAGAGCACUCUCAACUCCCUGCUGACCAGGAUCAAUGAGCUGGAGAAAGGUGGCAGUGGGUUCAAGUCCCCCGAGCAGUUUAAGCUGGUCCUCCCCCUGCGUACUAACUACCUGUACGGCCGCAUGGCCAAGAGCCUUCCUGAGAUGUACUCUUUCACUCUGUGCAUGUGGCUGCGGUCCAGCGCCGGCCCUGGCAUAGGCACCCCCUUCUCCUAUGGGGUGCCAGGACAGGCCAAUGAGAUUGUCCUCAUGGAGUGGGGCAACAACCCCAUAGAGCUGCUCAUUAAUGACAAGGUGGCUCAGCUGCCUCUAUCAGUGCGUGAUGGGAGGUGGCAACACAUCUGUAUCACCUGGACCACCAGGGAUGGUCUGUGGGAAGCGUACCAGGAUGGUCAGAAGCUGGGGGCAGGGGAUAACCUGGCCCCCUGGCACCGCAUCAAGCCUGGAGGAGCCAUCAUACUGGGGCAGGAACAGGACAUGGUGGGCGGGCGCUUUGACGCCACACAGGCCUUUGUGGGUGAGCUGAGCCAGGUUAACAUCUGGGACAAGGUCCUGAAGCCAGCCGACAUCCUUACCAUGGCCAACUGUUCCUCCUACACCCCCGGGAACGUGGUGUCCUGGCUGGACAGUGAUGUGGAGGUGUUUGGAGGGGGAGCAGCCAAAUUGCCUCUAGAGAUAUGCCAGGACCGGCUGUCUGAGACUGAGUCUUAGGAUGGAUGGAUGUCUGUCUGUGGCGUGUUGAGAAUCAUGUUCUCAAUCUUGACGCCUACUGUACCUGCUACGUGUAAUGCUGGUCAUGUGUUUCGUUUGUCUGUGUAAGGAAAGGCUGAUCUACCUAAUUCCAGAUGAUUCUACUACACACAGAUCCAGUUUUACACACACAUUGGCAAACAGACUUAAUGACACUGGAUUUGGCAUGUGAGGCUGGUUUAGGCAUGCGUGUGGCAUGGGAGGUGUAAGGUGCACAGAUUAGCCGUCCCACGAAUGACAGAGUAAUUUUACGUCCCAGGCCACAAACUGUAACCUACAUCCUAGGACUUACAUACAGUAAUCUACAUCUCCUGAUGGAAGUCAUUAAAACCUUUUCCACCUUGAGUGGAGAACAGAUUUAGGGGAACAUCCAAUCAAACAUCAGCCAGGUGACCGCUAUGUUGAAGGUUUUCAAUAACCUUUUGCAGAGAUGAGGGACUAGUUUUGAUCUUUGAGUUAGUUAAUAUUCCAUAGUUGUGUGGAAAUCUGUGUUCUUGUGGCAUGUCUGUUGUACUAUAAUGUCAAGGUUUCAUUAUCCAUUAUUACCCAUACUGUUUUCAAUACCCCAAGUCCACCUCAAUGCCUGCAGCAGUAUAUGUUGUCUCAAAACUGUUCCGUAAUUAUCCUUUUGUUGUUAGGGACACGUUGGUUUGUUUAGGCCUACAAUGUCUGUGCAGUGGUAGUUUUCAAGAACAAACAAAGCGUAAUUUAGAUGGGAGCAUUGUUACUGUUAAAUGUGUACUUAUCAUUUUUCAAGCAGAUAAGAAUCAUUCAUUAUGUAUGAUAUGAACAAUACAUUCAUGUGUACGAGUGUCUCUUUCCAUGAAAACAAUGUUCAGUGUGUAAAGUUAUUUCAUUGAGAUACUUUGUUGAUUUUGCUCAAGAGACAAUGCUUACUUUUCAUGUGGCCUUUUGAAGAUGUUCCAGAUGCACUUUACUAUGUUAACUAUUGCCAAAUUGACAAGAAUGUGGAAAAUUAAAAAAGGACAAAUAAAACACUAUU